AGCGGUCACCAUACACGAGGCAUGUCGGGAAUACAGUAAAAAUGACCCCCAUAUCAACAACCUCGGUACGCCCCUGUAUGUAUGUAUAAGCAAUAUAAAACAGAGUAGCAUGUCUUAAUCAGAAUUGAUUGUUAAAUGACGAGCCAGUAAGUUACGUUUUUCAGCGCUAUUCCAAACAGAAAUUUGAUUUUGUUAUUCAUGUUUGUUGUUACCAUGUUUAACAUCAACCAAAGCAAAAAAUUAGUUAUACUAGACUGUGAUGGUGGGAGUGACGAUGCUUGGGCACUACUUCUACUUCUUCGCGCCGAGGAGUGCGGUAUAUUACAACUUUUGGCGGUAACCACAAACGGUUGUGGUAAUACAACGUGCGAAAAUGCCGCACGUAACAUGAGACGUAUACUGAUGGCUUGCUCCAGAAAGGAUGUACCAAUUUAUAUGGGUGCAGUUGAACCUCUUGCUGGUUAUGUUGAUGCUGAUAGGAAGUUAUUCCAUGGACGAGAUGGAUUCGGUGAUUGCUUAAAUGAUGAAAACGGUUCGCAUGUGUCCAGCUAUGUGCAACCACAACAUGCAGUUGUGGCCAUACACAAGUUUUGCAAGGAUCGACCUCAACAAAUCACUAUAAUUUCGGUGGGGCCACUUACUAAUUUGGCACUUGGCUACACUAUGUAUGGUGAAUACUUUGGAAAAUGUAUCAAAGAUAUUUACAUUAUGGGUGGAAACUAUCAAGGAGUCGGAAACUCAUCACGAUCCGCAGAGUUUAAUUUCCAUUCAGAUCCAGAGGCUGCACAUGCUGUGUUAUUAAAAACCCGAUGUCCAAUUACUAUACUGCCAUGGGAACCGUGCACCAAAGAACGUUUCAACAUACCUAUUGACUGGCGACUGUAUGAGUUUGGCAAAUGUGCUACUGCUCACAAACAUCAUGCAAUAGAUAUACUUAACAAAGUAGAAAACUCACAGUAUGAGAUCGAUAAUUGGAAUCCCUGUGAUGCUUUGUUAGUAGCUGCAUGUCUUUUUGACAAGCAGUUUAUUAAAAAGUCUAGUACUUGGCACGCUACCGUUGAUCUUACAGGAACACACACUCGAGGCCAAAUGGUUCUAGACCAUUUAAGGGAAUGUAAAAAGUUUCCAGAGAAUGUUCGCAUAAUUGAAUUUGUUGACGAUGAAUUUUUUAAACAUAUAGUAGAGUGGGUAGCUGGAUUGCGUGUUACCUUAGACUAAAAAUAAAUAAUAAUAAUAUAGAACCUCUAACAUCAAGACUAGCAAGGCUAAAAGGAAUAAUUUAAUUUAUCUAUAUAAAACAUGUAAGUUGUAACCCUCGCUUUCCAAACCGAGUAUAUGUAAACUAUAAAGCCGUUGUCAAUAAAGUGUCAGUUGUCAAUAAA